AAAAAAUUUUUAUUUACAAAACCAAAUGAAGCAAGCAUUUCCAUAUACAAAAAAGAAGAUAGUACACAAAUGAAAUCACAAAUCUGUAUAUGUUUAGCUCAUCUUUCUUCAUAUUUACAUCAUAAAUCCUGUCCACUAGUAUCUUAGCCUUUUCACCCUCCCUUCAUCACAAAAAAAUAUCAUCAAAGUGACCAACAUGGACAUAUAAAUUAAGACUUUCAAAUUUCACCUUUCUAUUCACUUUCUGGAGGUAACAUUCACAAUUUAUUCUUCCAGAAUGAAUUCUAUGGCUGUGUAUGAUCUUCUCCUGGUUCUACUCAUUUCAUUGUUCAUUAUCUCACGUAGUUCUUUCCAAUUAAAAUAAAUCAGUCUGCUCAUCAUUUCUUGUGGUGCAGAAAUAUUUCAUCUCAAUCUUAUACUAUAGUUUGUUCAGACAUUCCCUCACUGAUGGACACCCCCUCAGUUUUCCAGUUCUCUGCCACCACAAAGAAAGCUACUAUAAGUACUUUGGAACAUUCUUUUCUUCUUUCCUGAAUCUCCUUGGGAAACAGAGUAUACUUCUAACUUAUUUUUUUAAUAUAUUGAUAAUCAAGUAUAAUUGUCUUCCUUUGUAAUCUGGGUAUUUUAUUUUCUGAAUUUAGAAAGACUAUUCUGAGGAGGGAGAUGGUAACUAGGUUCCAACAGACUUGCAAAAGAAUCCCUUAUUUAUUUAUGAAUGCAGAUUAAGAAUCUCUUAUUUAUAGGUAUUACAUCUUGCAUUUGGACUUGAUGCAAAUAUUGUCUAUGUGAAAGUUUAUACUUUUGAUAAAAAUCUAUUUCCCUGACUUAUGUCUCAACUAUAAUUAUUCACAAGUAGAAAAAUCUUUAUAUCAAAUGUCACUAAUUAAUUGAGGCCCAAAAUAAAUACGAUAUUGGUACACAUUAAGAGACAUUACUCAAUUUAAUAAGUGGUCAAAGGAUAUGAAAAUUUUUCCCCAAAAAUGAAUAACCACAUAAAAAUGUGCUCCAAAUCACUAAUAAGAAGAGAAAUGCAAAUUUUGACAACUAAAGUUUUAUCUCACACUAUAAAAAAUUGUAAAGAUGACAAAAAUAUGAAACAAUGUCAGCGAGCUGGAAGAAGACAAGCACACUAAUACAUUGUUAUUGGAACUGUGCAUUGGUCCAACACUUUAUAAAAACUAUUUGGCAUUAUAUAAGAAAGGUGAUUAAGUGACUGUCGUUUUGACCCAGCAAUCCAUUUACUAAGCAUAUCACCUAAUGCACUGGAGAACAAAGACAAGAAACAAGAUUCACCCUAAACCAAAAUAUUCAUAGCAGCAUUCUUUGUGUAUCAACUACCCAAAAACAAAGUGGACAUCUAUUGAUUAGGAAAAUGGCUGGACAAACUGUGACAUAUGAAUAUCAUGGAAAAUUGUUGGGCACUAAGGAAUAUCAAGGAAUUUACUAAGCUUUAGGUGAACUGAGGCAAAGAAAUAAGUAGAACUAGAGGUAUAUAAGCAAUGAAUUGGGCAAUGCAAAUGAAAAGUAAAAGAAAACUGAACUGAUUAAGUGAAAACAAAAUAAUAAUGGUCCUCAAGAACAGAUAAUGAAACAACUCUGCUUUGGGAAAGAGAUGGGGAACAAAGAAGGUAGAAUGUUGUAUAUGUUGUAACACCUGGUCACUGGACUUACUAUUUUUGCUUAGUGAUUUUUUUCUUCAAUGCAAGAGAGAAUUCAAUAUUAGAAUGAUGACAGUAUAUCCAAAAAUGUCAGUGAUAUAAAAGCAGAAAGAAUCACUGAGCACUUUUUAACUUAAAAAAUUACUAGUGAUUCAUUGAAUAGUUAUCUAAUUGGUUAUAUUUAUCAAGGAUUCUUCUUGUAUAAUCUUAACGUCCAUGAGAAACUCCUUGUUGGUGAUAAGUUAUUAAGAUUAUAUUUUAUUCUGAGUUAAAAUUCUUUAGGUAAUCAGCAAAAAAUAAAUAGCAUUAAAAUCUUGUAUGCUCUGGACCUUCCAGUGAAUUGUGUGACUAUGAAGUUGUGUAAAGAAUUAUUUUCAAAGCCCAUCUGUUUUCUUCUCAUAUUUUCAUCAAAGAAUAUGUAAAAUAUUUUCAUAAAGAAAUUUUUUUUAAAUGAGAAAAUAGGCAUACAGUUUGGCAGUUGUUAAUGUUGUGUUCUUUUUUUUUAACUCAUUCUUUUGCUAUAAAGCUGUAAAGAUUAGGUGAUUCUCACCAACUGUUUUCUUAAUGUGUACUUGAUCUGGUCCAGUAACUCUUUCCAGAACUGCUUUCUUAUGUGGACUUUCUGCUUCCUAGACCAGAGCAUCAGGGAGAAACGUAGAAUUCCACUGGGAUGGAUUCUCUGCCACUGAUAAUGUUAUAGAAAUGUGAUGGGAUACUUUAGAAAUGUUGACAAUUUCUUCCAUCAUUGAGCUUUGUUAUCUUCCUGUUUCAUCUUUGAUCUUUUGUGGUUUAGUUGGGUCUCAUGCCAAGCUGUCUGUAGAAUUAUUUUCCCCUCUUCCUUUGUAUUUCAAUGUAUUAUAAGUAUUUUCAAAGCUUUACAAUUACAAGUAUUUAUGAUCAAUGGCUCACCUUUAAAAAUACUCAUAGUAUUCUUUGUCUUCUUUAGAUGUGUCCCAACCCAUUAUUACCCUCUCCCUGCUUUAAGAGGAUCAAGUAUCAGUUGUCUAAUCUUGUUUCUGAGAUGUCAGGCAAUCUGAUAUAGAGUUUACAUAUGUAAUAGUGUAAACCAUCUUUCCAUAUUGGUCAUUUUUCUGAGAGAACUCAAACUAAUGGAAGUGAAGAAAUAAAGUGAAUUAUAGCAUAUCUUGGUCUGCAUUCAGACUCCAUCAGUUCUUUUUUAAGAGAUGAAUGGCAUUUUUUAUCAUGAGUCCUUGAGGAUUUUCUUGGAAAACUGUAUUAUAAAAAAUAGCUAAGUAAUUCAUAAAUGUUCAUCAUAUAAUAUUGCUGUUAGUGCAUACAAUGUUCUCCUGGUUCUGCUAACCUCACUUUGCAUCAGUUGAUGUAGGUCUUUCCAAAUUUUUCUUAAAUCAUCCUUCUAAUCAUUUCUUAUAGCACAGUAGAAUAGAACUCCAUUACAAUCAUGUACCACAACUUGAUUAGCCAUUCCCCAGGUGAUGGACAUCCCUUCAGUUUCCAUUUCUUUAUCCUGGCUUACCUUAAAUACAUCAGGUUUAAGUCAUCCCGAUUGUUGUAUUUAGCCUUUCUUGUGUUUUAAAUUUAUUUUUUAUUCAGAAUUUAAGCACAAAAUACAUUUUUGCCACAUAUGUAUACAUAUAUGCAUAUAUUUAUAAGGUACAGCUUGGUACAAUGCCUAACACAUAUUUGUGUAUUGGAUAAUAAAUAUUUGUUUAUUGAAUGACUGACUGAAGUUCAAUCUAUAGUUUCUGGUCUGUUGUGUGCAUUUAAAAAAAAAGAUAGCUCAAUGACUCUCUUUUAUUUUCCCUUUUUUUUUUUGGCCAUCCUAUAUCUAUCCCUGCUCAAUCUCUUCAUUCACCGUAUUGUAUAAGGAAAAACCAAAAAUAAAUCCCUUGUAAUAAAUCCAUUAAGUCAAGAAAACCCUGACUCUACUUUCCCCCAAUUAGAUGUUACUUUUGAUUUGGGUUCUAACUAAUUAAUAGUCAGACUAAAGAUACAUGAUUCUGAUAUGAUUCAUAACAGUAACCAACAGGUUUCAAGUCUCUUAAGAUAGUCACCUUCAUUUGUUUUUGAUGCCUAGGCUUUUAAACUUUUUCUGGAAGAAAGUGUUCAUGAUACAUAGUUAUGAGAUUUCAAGAAGCUUGCCGUUCUCAUUUUCUAGAUAAUCCAUAUUGUCAUCUCCCUUUAUAUCCAUCUUCACCUUGAAGUCAUAGAACAUCUAAGUACAUAUUAACAAAGUUAUCAAGUUUAUAUAUUUAUAUAUAUUUUUAUAUCUUAUAUAAUACAUGUUGAUAACUAAUCCCUGUCUUUCUAACUACUGCUUCUCUGUCUCCUUCAACAGUUCUGCAUCCUCUCCUGGAUCCCUUAAUUUGGGUGAUGUCUCUUUUAGCUUUCUCUUCCUGUUCAUUUUCUCCCUUGACAAUCUGAUUUACAACUCUGGAUUCAGUGACUACCUCUAAAAAGUUUAUUACCAAAUCUUGUCUAGUUCUGACUUCUUUUUGAGGUACCUGCAAAAUUAACAUCUCCAACUGCUGACAAGUCAUCUGCACCUGAACGCCCUACUAGCAUGUCAAAUUCAGUAUGCCUAAAUUAAUCCAAAUUCAUAAAUGUUUCUUAUGGGCAGUUAGGUGUCACAAUGGAAUAGAGGGCUGGGUCUGGAGUUAGGAACACAUGAAUUAAAAUGUGGCCUCAGACACAAACUAGCUAUGUGACUUUGGGCAAGUCAUUUAACUCUAUUUGCCUAGGUUUCCUCAUCUGUAAAAUGAGCUGGAGAAGGAAAUAGCAAGCCACUCUAAUAUCUUUGACAAGAAAACCUCAAAAGGAGUUAGAAAGAAGUCAUACAUAAUUGAAAAAAUGACUAAACAACAAAUACAUGUUUAUCAAGUUCUUCUAGAUGUCUUUAAGGUGGCUAAAUCUGCAAGGGGAGGGGGAAGGAUGAGAUACAUGUUACAAUAGAUAAAUAAACAAGUAAACUGAAGAGGUAUAAAGUACUAACUGCAAAAAAGAUCUGGAAGGCUUCUGGAAGGAGGUGGCAAAAGAAUAGAGCAUUACAGGAGAGAAAGUAUUGGAGGAGGGAAUGGGCAGUUAAUAGUUUGUGAAUGCAAAUAAAUAGAAGGUUGAAACAAUUAACAUUUGAAAGAAGUAAUGUAAAAUACGGCUUGAGGGGUAGGUAGGAGACUGAUCCCAAAAGGACUAAAAUUCUAAGUUAAGAUGUUUGUAUUUCUUCUUUGGAAGUUUGUGAGGAAGGGGAAAAGAUGUGAUCUAUGACUUAAAAGAUGUAUUUUUUUGACAGCUGUACAAAAAAAUUGACUGGAGAGGGGAACUGCAAACUAAAACUCAUUGAGACUGAUAUAAUAGCACCAGCAAGAGAUGAUGAAGGCCUGAUCUAGGUUGGUGGACCCAUGAACCAACAAAGAAUUUUGGGGGAAAAUUUUACAAGUGCUGGGAACUUUGUUUGGCAGGGAGAUAGGAUGAGAAAAAGGAAGCAAAGAAGAUACAGAAAUUAUGGACUUGUAUGACUGGGAAGAUUGUGGUAUUCUCAAAAGAAAUGACAAAGUUUAAAAGAGGGAUAGAUUGUGGGAGCAAAGAAAAUGAAUAGGAUUUACCAACAGUUCCUUUAUUCCUAGGUUCACAUUUUUCCCAAGUCCAUAGCAUUGUUAGGAAUUUUUCCAUCUCACUCAGCUUUCAUAUCAAAUCAGUCCACAGCAAUCUCCUUGACAUCUGUCAGCAUCUUGUCUAUUUUCACAUUCUCCAUUGCUACAACCCUAGCAUGGUAUGGAAUCAAACAAAUUAAUAUAAAUAAAGUACUUUCUGGACCUUAAAGAGUGGAAUGUAUUAUUAUUAGUGGACAGAGUGCUCCCUCCAAAAAUUACUAGCUAUGUAGUCAGGGAAGUCACAAUCUCUCUAACCCUGCUUCUUCUAUAUAAUAAUAUACUACCUACUUUAUAAGGCUGUUAAGAGGCUCAAGUAAAAUGACAGACAGACAGAUAGAUAGAUAGAUAGAUAGAUAGAUAGAUAGAUAGAUAGAUAGAUAGAUUGGUAGAUAGAUAGAUAGACAGACAGACAGGUAGAUGAUAGAUAGAUAGAUAGACAGGUUGGCAGAUAGAUGGAUGAAUGGAUGGAAGGAUGGAAGGAUGGAUGGAUGGAUAGAUAGAUAGAUAGAUAUGAUUUAUUAAGUGUUCACUGUCCCAGGCUUUGUGCUAAGCAUUAGGCAUACAAAUGCAAGUCAUAUUAGUCCUUAGGCUCAAAAAGCUUAUAUUCUAAUGGAGAAAGACAACAUAAACAGUGGAGUUGGAAAUGGAAGGGGGAGGGGGGAGUGCAUGGUUUGGAGACGUAUGGGAAAUGAGCUGAAGACCUAGAUUUUAGCAAAGUCUGCAUAUGCAACCAAAGAUCUUUGUAAACUUCAAGGGUUAUAAAAUAUUAAUUAUCAUUGCCAUGCCAAGGUACACAGUCUGCUUGGACUCUCCUAAUGACUCUGCUUUCAUUCUUUUUCCUCUUUCUAAUUCAUUUUUUGCACCACUUCCAGAGCAACUUUUCUUUUUUUUUUUAAAUAUUACUCCCCUUGUCAAAAACCUUUGGUGGCUCCACUAUAUUUACUGAUAAAAAUGUUCAACCUCUCUUUCUGCCCUUCAAGGUCCACCUCAGUUGGCUACCCCUCUAAGUUUUCUAGUUAUAUAUUUUACUUCCCUUUAGCCAGCCCCAGAAAAGUCCUAGCACUGUCCUCUGUUCCUUGCCUAAGACCACAGUAUUCCCACCCAAACUUAAGUCCAAUUUAAUACAACCUUCUCAGCACAGUCCACCUGAUUCCCUCAGGUUAUUUAUGACCUUCUUCCCUAGACUUCACUUAAUGUUUUACUUUUGUUCCUCUCUUUUACUUUUGUUUUGAUAAUAGACAGCAGGACUACAAAUUGCUUUAGUGAGUGUCUAUAGGAUUUGGAGAGGAGCUCUGGAAGGGAGUUCAAAUCCUGUCCUAGAUACUUAAUAGUUGUUUGACUCUGGUAUGUAGUUGUGGCCUUGGGGAAAUCACAACCUCCCUAAUCCUACUUCCUCAUCUGUGAAAUAAUACCAAUGCUAUCUGCAUAAUAUUCCUAUGCCAGUCUGUGUAAUAGGAUUGUUAUGGGGUUCAAAUAAAAUUUAUUUUUUAACCUCAGCCUUAGUUUGCUUCUUUCUAUAAAAUCAUGUAAAAGUGUUCAGUUAUGUGUUUUAAAUAUAUUUUUAUCUCCUUUCUCUUAGAUAAGGGGUCACCUGCAUCACAGGAGGCCAGCACCUAAUUCCAGGAUACACUUGUAAAAUGAAGGGGUUAUGCUAGAAGAUACUCGAUGAUCUUUUAUGGGUGGGUCUUCUAUGGUCCUAUGCUCUGUACUGAGCCAUAACUUAAUAAAUGUUGAUUAAAGAAAGCUGAGGCUCAAGGAGGCUACUGGACUCAUCCAGUCACACAGGAAUAAGAGUAGAAAAAGAAGUAACAUAACCACUUAGGAGUAUUGUUGUACAAUGGAUUUCUAUUCUAAUAGUGUUCUUCCUAUGGAGAGAUUCCUUCUAAUUGUGAGUCUGUAUAAUACAAUAAAAGGCUUGAUUUUGAAAUAGUUUUAACAGCUUAAUGGUUGUAGCGAUCCCUGGGCAAAUAAUUUUCUAAUUUGCAAAAGGUGAGAAUAACAAUAACGUUUGUAAAAAUAAUACUAUCUAAGUCACAAGGUUAUUGGAACAAAGAUGUUUGGUAAACCUUAAAGCACUCUAAAGAUACAAUUAUGAUGCUGCUGCUGAUUUUAUAAUACACAAGAUUUGUAUGUGUGUGUGAUUCAAAAUAAGAAUACCAUGUUCCUGAGCUGCAAGCCUCAAUCAAAGGGCUCUUUCUCUGAUUCCCCAUCUGUUCCUAGAAGUUCAGGGCAGCUGAGAAGGAUUAGGGGGGAGAAAAAACUGUCAACCAUAAAAGGCGGACAAUAAUACAAUUUUAUCCGUGCAACUCCCGGCACAGUAUCAUGAAGCUCUCGAAUUUGAUGCCGUGUUUUUUUCCCCCCCUCUCCAAGCACACACACACGCUCGGAACCCCGGGGAGGCAAAGAAAAGACACAAAGUAGCGACGCUUCCCGCCAAGACCACCCCCGGGGCUCUUUUCCCCCCUGGCUGUGGAGGGAGAGCAGGAAGUGGGGCUGGGCGCGGCCGAGCCCGGGCGACAGCGGCGGCGGCGGUGGGGGCGGCAGGGGCGGCGGGACUACAGCUCCCGAAGUGCUGCUCGAGGCGCCGCAGGCCCGAGCCCGGGCCGGGACGGGAAGUUUGGAGUUCCCUUCCUUCCUCUCCUUCUCCUCGAUCCCGGGCCCAUCUUCGGGACUCUCAGAAGCUUCCUUCCUCCUCUCGGCUCCGGGGCUCCCAAAGGAGCCCUUGCAUCUUGCAGGGCCUGGGAUCCGGGGCGGGUUCCGGCGGCGGCCGGAGCGGGGGUUGGGCGAGAGGAAGGGCCGCGAUGGAGGUGAGCGGGCCGGAAGACGACCCUUUCCUGUCGCAGCUGCACCAGGUGCAGUGCCCGGUGUGCCAGCAGGCGCUGCCUGCUGCCCAUAUCAACGCGCACCUGGACAGAUGUUUGCUGCUGCAUCCAGCCGGGCUCUCAGAGCCCGACGAGGAGGAGAGCCUCGGGUCCUCGGAGCCCGGGAGGAGGCCGAACUCGCCGCCGCCUCCCCCUCCGCCGCCGCCUUUGGGCAGCUGCAAGAGGAGGCGCCUGUCUGGAGGCUCCCUGCGCCUGCCGCCCGCCACUCCGACUGGCGACAGCAGCGACGGCGAGCCGGAGGACCCUGACGGGCCGGGACCGCCCGACGGGAGGGACCCCUACGACCGCUGCCCUAGCCCCUGCGCCGGUGCCCACCUCAUCCCCGCCUUUGUCCGCGGCCCGUCCGGGAGCCCGCUCCUGCGGAGGAAGGUGUCCGGCAAAAGACCGGUCGCGGCUGCAGCCUCUGCCUCUGCCACCGCCUCCUCUUCGGCCGCCGCAGUCUCAGCAUCCCCGAGGUGCUGGAAGGAGAGCGAGCGCUCCCAGGACGACGAGGACUACGAGGAUGAAGACGACGACGAAGAGGCGGCGGCGGCGGCUGCUGCUGCUGCUGCAGAAGCAGCAGCAGCAGCAGCGAUGGGGGCUGAGGACGAUGACGAGGAGGACCGAGAGGAUUGGGAGGCCUCGGCGCCCUCCACCGCCGCCUUCCGAGAAAGCAGCGGGCACCUGGGCCCCGGGCGCGCUCAGCCCCGAACCCCAGCGCGCGAGGAGAUCUGGCAGAAGUUGGUGGGCAAACCUCUGGCCGAUAAGAUGCGCCCUGCUACGCUGCAGGAGUACAUAGGACAGAACAAGGUGGUGGGCCAAGAGACCCUGCUACGGUCCCUCCUGGAGUCCAACGAGAUCCCCUCCCUCAUCCUCUGGGGCCCCCCGGGAUGUGGCAAGACCACUUUGGCAUAUAUCAUAGCCAACAACAGCAAGAAAAAUAGCAUGAGGUUUGUGACUCUGUCUGCAACAAGUGCCAAGACAAGUGAUGUCCGAGAUGUCAUAAAGCAAGCCCAAAAUGAAAAGAACUUUUUCAAAAGGAAAACCAUCCUUUUUAUUGAUGAGAUUCAUCGUUUCAAUAAAUCUCAGCAGGACACUUUCCUUCCUCACGUGGAGUGUGGGACGGUGACCCUGAUUGGAGCCACUACGGAGAACCCUUCCUUCCAAGUCAACGCUGCUCUUCUCAGUCGGUGCCGGGUGAUUGUUCUGGAGAAGCUCUCAGCAGAAGCAAUGAAAACAAUUUUAAUGCGAGCAGUCAGCUCCCUGGGGCUGCGGGUGCUGGACCAAGGCAGGCCCACGGACUCUGUGAGCCACGGCAACAGCAGCAGCUGCAGUAGCAGCAGUUCUGAAAACUGUGGUAGCACAUAUUGGGUGAGGAAUCGACCCCCAAUCUUUGAAAAAAGCCAGUUGAGUGGCACUCAGUGUCUGAUGCCCCUUGUGUACAUAGAGGACAAAGCAGUCAAUACUCUAGCUUAUCUCUGUGAUGGGGAUGCCAGGACUGGACUGAAUGGACUACAGUUGGCUGUCCAGGCCAAGCUAGGCUCAAGGAAACCAUUUUGUAAGAAGACCGUGCAAAAUUAUUCUGGUGAAAGCGUUUUAAUUACAGAAAAUGACAUAAAGGAGGGCCUGCAGAGAUCCCACAUUUUGUAUGACCGAGCAGGAGAAGAGCAUUAUAACUGUAUCUCUGCGCUCCAUAAAUCCAUGCGUGGCUCAGACCAGAAUGCUUCUCUCUACUGGCUUGCCCGAAUGCUCGAAGGUGGCGAGGACCCACUGUAUGUAGCUCGGAGACUGGUGAGAUUUGCCAGCGAAGACAUAGGCCUGGCUGAUCCUUCUGCAUUGACCCACGCAGUAGCUGCUUAUCAGGGUUGUCAUUUUAUAGGGAUGCCAGAAUGUGAGGUCCUUCUAGCCCAGUGUGUCGUUUAUUUUGCCAGAGCCCCAAAGUCUAUUGAAGUGUACAAUGCUUACAACAAUGUCAAAGCCUGCUUGAGAAACCACCAGGGUCCUCUUCCACCUGUCCCGAUGCACCUGAGGAAUGCACCCACCAGGCUCAUGAAGGAUUUGGGCUAUGGCAAAGGCUACAAAUACAAUCCUGCCUACAAGGAUCCCGUGGAGCAGGAAUAUUUACCGGAAGAAUUAAGAGGAAUAGAUUUCUUUAAGCAAAAACGAUGCUGAACUUGUGGUACAAGUAAAUGAUUUGGUGUUUUUCUAGGGAGGGCCAAGAAGGAAGAGCCCCUGGAUUUUUUUUCCAGUUUAUUGCCUGUUUGGGAGGGUGGGAGGGUAGGGGGUGGUUAAAUUAUCAACAGUUUGUGCCAGGAUCUUAAAUCCUUCAAUUGGGAGGCAGAAUUACUUCCGUGACCAAAUGCCUGACCUUGAAAUGCUGUUCAUUUGUACUCUGCAAAGCAAUGCUAAGGGAAAAAACUGGCAGCAAUGUGCAAUGAGUGAGUGUGUCAGUAAGGAGAUAGCUAUUUUGUCAGAGUAUUUAAGUUGCAAAUCCAUUUUGUAAUUCAGUUCAGUAGUAUAGUAGUUUUCCUUUUUUAAAAGUGUAUAUUCUGGGUAAUUUUAACUGUUAAGGAAAAAAAUAAUUACAAUUUAAUACCACAUAGUGUUUUGAGUAUUUUUUUUAUAUGGAAAGGUCUUAUGAACCAAUAAAGCUAUUUCAAAGUA